GUCGGAAUGUGGCAUGAUUGAGCUUGUGUCCUUCAGUGGGAAGAAGAGGGCCGGAUGCCCCUCCUCCCCUCUCUUCUGGAAUAUGGGUCGGCUGCUCCACUUUCAGCCCCACAGACACAAACUAACCACGAUGGUUGCGUUCCUGCUCUGGGUCUUCAGCCUUGGCUGCCUGGCUUUGCCAUCCGACACGCAGCCGGCUUACAACAACCUUCCUGAAUCCUUCAAGAAGGGAGUGGAUUUGACCCUGGAGAGACUCAGCUCCCAUGCCAACAUCCUGCAUCACUUUCGCUUCUUCGGGAGUUUGGAAAAGUCCGAAAUCGAGCCCGGCUUUGAUGUGAAAAUCAUAAACCACAACUUCUACCUUAAAGCCACAAAGUGCCAGAAAGGAACCGUCGACGCCUCGAGUUGCCAGUUCAGAAACGACAGGCCGCUCAUCGACUGCGUAACCUGUUACAAAACCUUCGAGGGAGAGAUUGAAGCAGAGCCGCAGCCGUACAUCCACUGCGUCCACAGAUCAGCGCUGACCGAGGACAUGAGAACCACCAGAGCUGAACAAUGCCAAGCUCUGAAGUACAAAUGCGGCACGCCGACUCUUCUCACAUCAGUUGGAGACAAUUAAGAAAGUUUAACACGUCAAAGCUAAAUUAUUCUGUCUCUGUUUUAUCAAAACUAACUUCUAUGAUGUCAAUUUUAUCUUUUUUUUCUAACAAAGUAAUGAUAAAGUGCAUAGUGUCAAAUAGAAAUAAUUUUCCAUCCUCUCGUCUCUCUCACGUUACUCAAACACACUUAUCUAGUAAAUAAAACGCUAAGAUCACUUUAUUACUGAAUCUAGUUACUUUUCUAUCUUUUGUUGCAUUUUUACAUUUUUAUUAUGCAGUGGUGUCAUGUUCACCCUCUUUCAGUUCUGCUGUUUUAACCUAAAGUUUGCCAAAAAAAAAUGUACUGGAAAAAGCCAAAACUAAAACUGUGUCUGAAAAAGUGAGUACACCAGUUUUGUUUUUUCCCCACAUUCACUGUAAAACAUUCCAGAUUUUAACUUUUAUAUUAAAACAGUUUCCUCGGUGAAUCAUACUAAGGAAUUAUGACCCACUCCUCUUUAUGUCAUUGCUCCGGUACAUUAAAGUUUGGACAUAUCAAUUUCUGCUCAGCUCUCAGAUUGAUGUCUGGACUUUGACUAGACCAUUCUAACGCGCUGAUUUCUCCAUUCUUAAUGUAGAUUUUCUUUAAUAAGCAACAUCUGAUUGCUCCACUUCCUGCUCAAUCGAAAAUAAAGCAGCAGGGAUGUAUUUAUUUUAAUAAAUAACCAUGUGGAAUUUGUUGGCUAAAUAAUUUUUACUUUGGAAUGUGAACCUCUAUGAUUCAGCAGGGGUGUACUUUCUUUUUCCACUAUGACCACAGCUUGUCUGGUUGCAGGGUUUUACAGCAUUUUGUAUCAUCAGAGUUUGAUGGAAAUUUUAAGAUAGUUUUCUGGAAAUAAAUGACUGGACUUUAAAACACAUUUCCCAGUUUGGCUUCUGGCUGAUGGAAAAAAAAACAAAACCGAAAACUCAAAAAUAAAGGUUAUAAAAUGGGAAUCUCGACUUGAAUAUUCUUUAUAAGCUGGUUAAGAAGUUAAAGGAUCUAUUUUUAUGCUUCCAAAAAUAUUAACGUUUAUUAAAUAUCUUAUCCCUGUAAGCAGAGCAAAAAUAAUUAAUUUCUUCACCUAGUCACUGUUGAUGCCUUUUCACAGUCUGCUCGAUUCGUUUAAAGCAGAAAAAAAGUUUGGCUGCCAGCACAACGUCUGAGUAAAUUAAGCUGCUCCAGUAGAGAUUAAAAUAAUCUGUGAUCUACAGACAGAGAGUAAAAUAUGCAGCAAACUAUUCACCAGAAACUGGAGGUGGGCAGAAAUGAAGAUGAAGCUGUAUGACCCCAAUUGGAUGAGGAAGUUUAAAAUAACAAUUUGGACUGCAGCAUGUAUGGAAAUCCACAAGUGCCACAAUUCAAUCAUGUAAAAUGCCAAAAAUUGAUGUGAAUUUUAAAUAAAUGGUAAAUAAGUAAAAAAAACAAAAUUGUUAAAUAUUUCAUUAUUGUAUGUAUGGUGAUCUAGGCUAUAUGGGCAGUUGCCCAAGGUGGUUUUAUACAGAAUAAUAAAAAAAUUGCUUAUA